GUCCACAGGUGUGCCUUCAGGAAGUUCAAGUGCUGCUGCUGGCAGUAAUCGAAGACUCCAGCAGACACAAAAUCAAGUCGAUGAGGUGGUUGACAUCAUGAGAGUCAACGUGGAUAAGGUGUUAGAAAGAGACCAGAAGCUCUCGGAGCUAGAUGACCGUGCGGAUGCCUUACAGGCUGGUGCGUCUCAGUUUGAAACAAGUGCUGCCAAGUUGAAGAGAAAGUAUUGGUGGAAGAACUGCAAGAUGUGGGCAAUAGGGAUCAGUGUCCUGGUGAUUGUUGUCAUCAUCAUCAUUGUAUGGUGUGUCUCUUAAUGAAGAACCCGGGAAACUGAAGCCCACUGUCAGGAGCGUCUUCGAGACUUUCUACUUAGAACCUGCUGUGUUAUCGAGCUUACCUACUGUUUUUUCCAAAUGAUUAUUUUUGUUAGUUUACAUACAGUUCAGUGCCUAGGAAAUGUACCUUUGUUUUACUGUACACUCCAGAUGAGGGUGUGACCCACCCUGCCCACAUUUUGCACAGUGCCUUUACAGAUUUAUGCACCAACUAGGGAAGAGGACUUCUGAUGCUCCAGAGUGUUGGAGUCUAGAUGGAUGCUGUCACUGAUGACUUGCUGUGGACUCCAGGAAGGGGACUUGUUAAGUCAGCUGUCCCCACAUCUGACAUCGCCUUCAAAACCACAUUUUAAACCUUUGGGCGAUUAGAUUCCCAACUUGUGCCUUCCGAAAAGAACACUACUGCCUAGUACAAAUCGGUGACAAUAACAGGGUGUGCCUUAUUUUGAUACUUGGCUCCUUUUCAUUAGGAGGACCCUCGUUUUUUGUAAGCACUACUGACCCUGCUGUAUUUAAGAUGCUCUCAUGUUAGGUGUCAAGAUGUUUGCUUUCUUGUUCUUAUGUAUUAUUUCUGAAAGUAUUUUAAUCAAAAGUAACCCUUUGAAGUUUUUAUAAAACGAUGACCAAAGUUUCUCUUUUGCCAAAAGUUAAAUACAAAUAAAAUGUUCACAAGUCUGUCCCUCAUAGAUAAUUUCAAGUAAGUGCCAAAAGUAACUCAAGGUGCCCUUGAAGAAACAGUGUUAAUACAGUGUGAGCCUUCGACAUUUUCACAGUCCUUCCCAUAAAAAUGCUGUAGAUAAUGCUGCUCCUCCAGACUUGGUUUCUCCCAUAGAGCUAUGGAGGUGAGCUGAAGCCGCGCCUGUAGAUGAGACGUUUAGAAGCUAUGGCCUCCAGCGCACUGUGAGCAGCAGCUCGGCAGUCUCACAUCAGAGCUCUUGAAUGCUAUUUACUGCUUCUACCCGUACUCCACUUCCUAGUCAGGCCUCUGUAGUAUGCUUGAGGUGAGGCAUUGGUUACUUCCAAGUGGAUAGCUAGCCAGAGAUGCCAUCUGAGACAUUGUCCUUGUGUAUCUGAGACUUUCAUCAAGGUGUGGUUCAAAGAUGGGAGUUGAGGCAUGAAUGAAAAUGAGAAAGCAGUGAGGAAGAAACAAAGGCUUUAUUUGCCUGUGGCAGUGCUGCUAGAAGAUCCUGGAAUUUGUGUUUGUGUGCAGAGUGGCAUCAGUCAAGAUGUAACAGAAUCUGGUUCCACUUUUUUUUAUUUGUCCCCUGACAUUACUGAAACAAUACAGAUAUUGAAAGCAUGCCCCACUAUGGGAAAGCAACAUCAGCCUAGGGCUUAUGUCCUGGUCUGACCCCACAACCUUGGUGCUGUCCCCUCCAUACUCAGACCCAUGCAACUCAUUGGCUCCUGCAUUAACACAGUAAUACCUCGCUUGUCUGUGCAUUUAGCUGGGAACUUUCCAGCUAUGAUGUCCUGAAUAAAGUUGUUUAUUAACAUGA